UAUGACAUUUUUGUAAUAAAAUGAACUAAAUUGACUGAUGUCAAUGUCAGAAUUAGGAAUAAUGAUGCCGGUUAUUCGUGGAGGGGUAUAAUGUGUUGUUCUUUGCUCAGUAAGCAUUUUAAUUUAGUAGUAUAGUCUUUAAAAGUAACUUAAAAUACUCUGUUUAAAAUGAGUUCAUUAUUAUUGGUAUAUUAGUGACCCUUUAUUAACGCAAGUCAUGAUAGACACUUUUUCAUUUUGAUUUCUUUACGAGAGCACCCUUUUAAAUUUGAUACAUUUUAUUUGGCAGGACACGUCGGGAGCGAACGUUAGUGCAAUUGUCUGCCGCUGCGCUGUAGGCAGUGACGCGCCCGACACCCGCUGCGUCUGACGCAGUCGUGUUCCGCGCACAAAUCGAUUUUUAUCUUGUUUAAUUUUAUGGUGAUUUAAUCAAAUAUAUGAGUGUUAACCUAACAUGUCUUUCGAAGUGCAUUUCCCACAAUUACAAGCACCUCGCGACGAUCCUGCUAACGCCUCCACUAUAAAGAUAACUUACAACUUUUCGAACGAUAACAGAUCGCUAACCAUAAACCAACAAGCGAAUGCUACUGAAGUAUGUUCGUCUACUACUGGGGAUAAUAACUCUGAGACAGAUAAACGGAAUUCGUUGAUAAUGGAACAAAAUAAUUCAAUUUCAUCUGUAAUCGACGUGAUGCGCCUACCAACUGUGAGCUUGCGUCUCCCUACCUUCAACCCUGACUCAAGACACGCGGAUCCUCGAGCCUGGUUGGCAGCCGCUGAUGCAUGCGUAACUGAGGAACAUGAAACUGGCGUGUUGCUAUUGAUAGCUCUGAGCCACGCUCUCGAAGGAACAGCUUCUACAUGGUUCUCCUCGAUCGCCACUUCUGGUAUGACAUGGAAUAGAUUUAAAUUAAAAUUUUUCAAUAAAUAUUGUGAAUCAAAUGAUGGUCAUAUCACUCCAGCGAGCUAUUUAAUUCAUUUGCUGGACUGUAAAAUUGAGGAUAAUCAGUGUCUGACUUCUUACGCUCAGAAUCUUACAGCGAUGCUGAUGUCCAAAUGGGAGAAUUUAACCAAAGAGGAGAUCAUAAUCGCCAUAGUGCUGUCUCAUAUGGCUAAAUUCGAUGCUCGCGUCUCGAAAGUAGCAAUGUUUAAAAUCAUUGACACACGAAUUAAAAUGGAUAAAGAACUAAGGGGCAUGUUCUCUUUACCAAAAAAUACAUCCUCGCCUAAACCCGAUGAAAGGUGCCUCAUGUGUGGACAAGCUGAACACCUGUCGUCAUUCCGCCACACGCCAUUGGCUGAGCAGAUUGUCGAGAGAAGAAAACGUCUGAUACCUGCUCCAGUCACUGGUCCGGAAGCUAAAAAAUCAAAAGAUGGGACCAAUAACGAAGGCCACCAUUCCAAUAAAAGUAAACAAGACAAGGAGAGGCGCAAAGGCGAAGAGUCUGCCAAUGCGGGAUCAAUUGAGGUUGCUGCUGAUCCUAUAGCUCUUGCUAUUCCUGAUGAUCCUGCUGCUCUUGCUGCUCCAGCAGCUCCUGCUGAUCCUGCAGCUCCUGCUGAUCCUGCAGCUCCUGCUGAUCCUGCAGCUCCUGCUGAUCCUGCAGCUCCUGCUGAUCUUGCUGCUCCAGCAAGUCCUGAUGAUACUGAUGCUCCAGCAACUCCUCUUGUUCCUGAUGCUCCUGCAGCUCCUGAUGAUACUGAUGCUCCAACAACUUCUGCUGUUCCUGGUGCUCCUGCAGCUUCUGAUGCUACUGCAGCUCCUGAUGCUCCUGCAGCUCCUGCUGCUGAAGAGAGUGAUCCAGUAUCGACUGGAAAUAUGAAAGAAGAGGUCAAGAAUGCUGACUCGCAACAUGAUGGAGAGCCUUGCGCCGAAACUGCAGGGUCGGCUCCCCCGAAGUAAUACCACGACCUCACAUUACACCGUGAAACAACGCUUGCUUGUCAGCGUGUGACGUGACCCAUUUAUUCCCCUUCCCAGGUCCCUGAGAUCCAAUCCUCCCUCUAUACCCGAUCCUUAAAUCCUCGAAAAGGCAACACACUUAUUAAUAAGACGCCUCUAGUGUUGCGCGUCUCUAAGCGGUGCAGAUUGCUAACAUCAGGUGUCCCGAUGAGACAUAAGAAAAUUAGCACAGUGCUGCCAACGUGCGGCAAUUUCAUUAAUAAUGAUGUUUUAUCCGUAUUUUAUAAAUGUAACCGAAUAUGAUUAAGUAUACGUAAUCGUUUUAGAUCUAGACAUUUUAAAAACAGAUAACGUAUGUAUAUCUUCAAGUAGAUACCUGUAUAUGUUAUAAUUUGACGUAGGUUUAAAUUAUAAUGACGUCACAACUAAUGAUAUCGAACAAAUAUUCGUAAUUAUUCGACAUAUGUAAAUAUUAAAACCACAGAUACACUAGGUUUUUUUUUCUCCUCAGAUCUACAAUCAGCCAAUACGGCUUUAAUCAGAUGAGA